ACUUUGUGGGGUCCGGAGUGAGUCACAUGUUUAUAGACGAGCUUUGGUGUGACGUCAUGGUCUGUCCGGAGCAAACAUGGCGAACAUUCGGUGUGUGAAGGGCAUGGUUGGCCUGGUCACCGGUGGGGCCUCUGGGUUGGGUAGGGCCACCGUGGAGCGCCUGGUGCAGAGUGGAGCUUCCGCCGUCAUCGUGGACCUGCCGUCCUCAGAUGGCCAGGCCCUGGCUGGCAGUCUGGGAGACCGCUGUGCCUUCGCUCCGGCAGACGUAACAUCCGAGGCAGACGUGCGUUCAGCGGUGUCUCUGGCCCGGGAGAAGUUUGGAAAGUUGGACCUGGCAGUUAACUGCGCUGGCAUUGCUGUGGCUGUCAAAACGUAUAACUUUAAGAAGGACGUCCCUCACAGCCUGGAGGACUUCCAGCGCGUUAUAAAUGUGAAUAUCGCAGGAACCUUUAAUGUGAUCCGCCUCGCCGUGGGGGAGAUGGGCAAGAAUGAGCCGGAUGCAGACGGGCACCGAGGCUGCAUCAUAAACACUGCCAGUGUAGCAGCGUUCGAUGGACAAGUUGGACAAGCAGCGUAUUCUGCGUCUAAAGGCGGCAUCGUUGGUAUGACCCUCCCAAUCGCUCGAGAUCUGGCACCCAUGGGCAUCAGAGUCGUCACCAUUGCCCCUGGAUUGUUCUCCACCCCCCUCCUAGCCAGCCUUCCAGAGAAGGUACGCUCCUUUCUCGCCCGCCAGGUGCCCUUUCCUUCACGCCUUGGAGAUCCUGCCGAGUUCGCCCACUUGGUGACCUCGUUGGUGGAGAACCCAAUGAUCAACGGGGAGGUCAUCCGACUGGACGGAGCCAUCCGUAUGCAGCCCUGAUCAUUUUGUCACCGCCUUCCAACAUUUAGACUGCGUGACUGAGACUGCCUUCUGUAUAAUUUUGUAGAAAAAUAUGAAUUUAAACUUUCACUUGAAUCAUACUAGAACUUUUAUUACAUUUUUGUGGGUCUCAAAGUAUCAGAAUGUACUUCAUAUUGAACUUUACAGGAAUAAAUAACAAAUGGGUUUCAUUUCA